AGGUGUUCGUAUUGCUGCAGAGCCUGAACUGCCGAUCAUCUGAAUCUAAUUAAGUAGCUUAGCUGAAAAAAAAGCCAUGAACAAGCUGUGGCGCGCCAACGCGAGGGUGGUCGGGAGCGGCCGGGAGGAGGAGGGAGCAGUGAGCCUGGUGCUUGCCCAUGGCUAUGGCGCGAGCCAGGCGGUGUGGGACAAGCUCGUCCCGUCCCUCUCCCAGAGGCACAAGCUCCUCCUCUUCGACUGGAACUUCACCGCCACCGGGGCCGGCAACGAGGCGGCGGCGGCCGAGGCUUACACGUUCGGCAGGUUCGCCGACGAGCUCAUCGCCGUGAUGGAGGAGCGGGGCGUGGGUGCGUCGGGCGCCUUGGUGGUGGCGCACUCCAUGUCCGCCAUGGCCGCCUGCAUCGCCGCCGCAAAAAGGCCCGACCUUUUCGCCCACAUCUUCCUCGUCUGCGCCUCCCCAAGGUACAUAAACUCGGAGGAGGAGGGCUACGUCGGCGGGUUCGAUGAGGCGGCGAUCCACGGCAUGUUGGCCGCCAUGGAGUCGGACUUCCAAGGGUGGGUCGAGAGCUUCGUCCCCAACGCCGCCGGCGACGCCUCCGCCGUGGAACACCUCUCGAAGAGCUUCCUCGCCAUGGACCCGACCGUGGCGCUCGAGCUGGCCAAGAUGAUCUUCCUCGGCGACCAGCGGGAGGUCCUCGACGGCGUGAAGACGCCGUGCACCAUUGUGCAGGUGAAGGCGGACUUCGCGGCGCCGCCGAGCGUGGCGGAGUACAUGCAUCUGAGGAUGAAGGGCACCGCCGCGGCCGUCGAGAUCAUCGACUCCGUCGGGCACUUCCCCCAGCUUGUCGCGCCGCAGCAGCUGCUGGACAUACUCGACGGCGUCCUGCGCCUGCGGGAGGAGGCGGAGGCGGAGCACGACGCCGGAACCGUGGGGAUCGCCGGUGGCAUUGAUGUCGCGAUGUAAGCACGCUGUGCGUGCAUCCUAUAUAUGCGUAUAUAUGUAUGUAUUUUCUUUGCUGCAGACACGCAUGCUUGUGAAAACUAAGGUAUAUAUAUGGAUGGUGGGAACAGGAGUCCUAUGAAUAUGCGUCCUCAGAAGCUGCAUGUGUGUUCCCUUGUUUGUAUGUUUCUUUUCAGAACAUGCUUUUUAAUUUCUAGUAUGUGUGUGUGUAUAUAUAUAUAUAUGCGCUU